AUGACCAUCACUCCCGACGAGACGUGGGGCCUCACUUGCAAGCGCUGCGACAGCCUCAUCGCUCGUCACUCGCAGCUGUUGUUUCUUUUAGAAAACGCAACGGCUGUGCAUCUCGUUCUAGACAAGACGUUGCUCUAUGACGAGCAGCUCGAGGCACAACCUCAAGAUGUGAACGGAAACUGGCGAGUCUACAGCCACGAGAGCGUCUCCCCAAAGCUACAGUUUGUCAAGAUUCGCUCGAAAGACUUGCGCAAGCGCGAGAGAUUGCCAUUUGAGUUAUGUUGCUUGAAAUGUGACGCUAAAGUUGCGUCGGAGGGGUACUUAGAUGAGUUGCCAGGGGAAUCAAUGUUGCUCUUAGACUCCAAAGCAUGUGCUUGUGUCUUAGACAGAGAGCAGGUAUAUGGAUUGGCAGGGGGGAACAAGGCAAGAAAAUGGGGAGUCAUUUUAAGGCAAUUGCAAGAGAUGGGACUCCCUUUGAAGAUUAACAAAGUGCAAGAUUUAAUUCAAACGGUAAAGAUUGAUAAAGGACCCGAGACUCCAGUACUGCCAGUCGUGCGUCCGACGGAAGCUUCGAUACAAAGUCAUUUUACUCCAAAAGCAAAGAUGUCAUGCUUAAGACGGUACCAAAUCGAGUUGACGCUUUCGGCAUUGUUGGAAAACACAAUUGUGUAUCUUCCUACUGGUUGUGGCAAGACUUUAGUGGCAAUUAAGGUCAUGGAAGAGAUGAAACGGUUAAAUCCGGCCAAAAUGGUCGUCUUCUUUGUGCCCACGGGGCCAUUGGUAUCACAGCAAGCUGCUUAUCUUCGACGCGAGUCAAAUUUUACUGUCAAGGUGUUUUCAGGACAACAUGGAAAUACAGCAGCAGCUAUGAAUGCUACUAUAAAGGUUGAUGAAGGUGUGGAUGCGGUGGUAGCGACGCCUCAGUACUUUUUGAACUUAUUGUUUAAUAUGCGCACAAAGAUCACGGAUUACAGUACAAUGGUGUUUGACGAAGCACACCAUGCUACUGGAAAUCACCCGUACUGCGAGCUCUUGAAACUGCUUGCAACUGUUGACCUCCGAUUUCGGCCACACAUUCUUGCUCUCACGGCCUCACCAUUUGGCGAAGCAGUCCGUGAGACGUCUGGGCAGAUGGCACUGAGGAAGCUCUCGGUUGCGUUUAAUGCUGAAGUUAAUUCACCUACCAUCGCUGCUGAAGAUUUGGAAGCAAGUUUUAUUCCAAAGGAGGCGAAAUGGGUCACUGUGCAAGAAGAUGAUUCCGAGCGAAAGCUACGGAAGGGUAUUAAGGACUAUGUCGUAUUGUUCUAUAAGCAGAUCAGCAGUCUGAUGGAUGGGAAAGUGAUACCUUUCGAGUCAGACUAUGACACUAACGACAUGGAAUUGUCCCAGUUUCUUGCGAAACUGCGUCUUCUACGAUUGAAGGCAGAAGAGAGAGCGAGGAAAAAGGACAAUGCGACGAUGGGAAUCGAUAGAAGUAAUCGUCAACCGUCCGAUCUAGAGUUGAUUCUCAAGCAUGUGCAAAAAGUGGCAUCAAGUUUUUAUAGCUUAAGUAUUCAUGGUGCAGGCACUGUUGCUGAAAAACUGCGCGGAAUUUUUGAUGAUUUACAAGCAGCAGAAACGAAGAAGGGAAAACGCACUUUUGUGCUUAUUGAGCCGGCGUACCGCACAGCAAUGUGCCCGGCACUGACUAAUAUCCCCCUAGAAACUUUCACAGGAGCUGAUAUCUCUAAUCGGGUGCAUCUUGUCGGCGAGUGCAUCCGUAAGGCCAACUUUAAUCACGACUCCCGUGCGAUUGUGUUUGUUAGGCGUCGUAAAACCGCUAUUUUGCUGGCAAAAGCGAUGGAAGCGCUGGAUGUGCUACGCGAGCUCAACCCCACUCGUUUUGUUGGACACAAUUCGUAUGAAGGCAUGUCAUGGGAAGAGGAACAGCGACCGACGUUGGACCGCUUUCGACAGGGACGUAUUCGUCUGUUAGUGGCAACCAAUGUGCUUGAGGAAGGUCUAGAUGUGCCUGAAUGCUCUCUAGUUAUCCAAUUCGACGGAGUUAUUGGGGUCACGAGUCUCAUUCAAAGUCGGGGUCGAGCACGCCACCGUGACAGCACCUUCGUCAUUUUCUGCUCUGCAGUUGGAAAAGAACGCAUGGAACGACUUGUGAUAAAUGAGCAAAGGCUAGUUUCAAUGGCAAAAGCGAAUGCUUCGAGUUUGGGGUCUAAAACCAUUGUGGCUAAGUUGAUGGACGGAUAUACCGACGUGGUUGGUGAUUUUUCAGCCGGUGCAAAUGAUGAAGUAUCUACGUUGUCAAAACGGGCAGCAUUUGACCCAAUGGCUGAUAAAGUUUAUAACAUUGUGCUAGGCGGUAUUUUUAUUGGUGCAGACAAACUGCUGCAAAAAGUGAUCCUGGAAAGGGUGAGUGAAUUUGCUUCAGUUAGAAUAGCAGAUGAGCGCAUUGGUUUGUGCACGCUGGCGGCGCCUCCAGACAAGGAUAUUUAUUUGUCGUAUAAUAUGCUGAGUUCUGGUAUAGAUUUUUUUGUUGGGCAGCAAUCCUUUUGGAUGCGUUUUGAAAGUGAUGAUAUGGAGAGUGCUGCAAGCGGAAAGUAUGCCGAAAAUAUUGCCGGUGUCGGACUCUGCCGUGGAUUACUGACUCCUGGUGGCGCGUUUAUGGAGCUCGAGAGUUUUGGUGAUGCGGGUAAUUUAGAGAUGGCAGCAGAUGCUUUAAUUGUAGGUUUUGGCUACCGGUAUCGUCGCGUGGAGUUUGAUUUACGAGCACUUGUCGAGCCGCUGGUCUGGUUUGAUUUGACCUCUAUAUCUACUCGCGCUCCGUCUAUAUAUCUUGCUCUCCGUCUACCUCCGUCAUUUUAUAUAGACGACACGCGCGAAUGCAAGCGGUGCCAGUCGCAUGCUCUCGUGUACCGCAUUAUGCUGUCUCACUCCGACAAUUUAAAUGAUCAUCUUUGGAAUCUCCGGGUAUUCUUCUCGAAAGUCGGUGCCGAGGUCCGUGAAACGAAGAUUCUAGUGACAAAUGAGGAAAGGGUGUCCGUUACAAGGCGGCGCUUUGAUUUACCGGUGGCAUAUGCUUUGCAGUGCCUCCUUUCUGAAUGCAGUCAUUUUACAAACGGUUUUCUUUCGUCAGAAUUCUUUGACGCACUCACUGACCUUGAUGAAAAAGUUCAGGAAAAGGCACUUCUCUCCUUUCGCCCAAAUCCCAGCCGCACCAGUAUAGCAGAUCAAUUUUUAAAAUUUCUGCAAAACGAGCAUUCUGUGCUAGAGAAACUAUGCAUCAACUCGACCUUGCUGCCCGCUGCUAUCGUUUACAAAGUAAUUGUGACACCUUCAAGGAUCGUAUAUCGUCAACCCGAAAUAGCACCAAGCAAUCGUGUAUUUCGCCACUGGGGGUCGCAUAAUUUCAUGUACGUGUAUUUCCGUGAUGACAACAUGGAACGUAUGGACUACACGUCCCAGACGAUUCUGGAACGCAUUCGAGGCGUUUUAAAGAAGGGAAUCGAAAUUCCUCACGUGAGAAGUGCUUUGAAAUUCCGUUUUCUUGGCUGUUCGCUAAGUCAAGUGCGCAACAGUAGUGCAAUCUUCACGUCGCUUGACCACCACGAAAUUAGAUCGUGGAUUGGAGACCUUUCUAGUUUAACGUCUCCGGCAAAAUAUCUGAAGCGUCUCGGCCAAGCCUUCUCCUCCACGAAAGAGACCUUUAGCGUCAACCAAAUUGUACUCGACAACCCGGUGGAGGAUAUCAAGAACGAUAAAUAUGUGUUCACGGACGGAUGCGGCGAGAUUUCUCUACUUGGAGCUAAAAAUAUUGUAAGGGAACUUCGUUUGUCCUAUACCCCAUCAGCUUUCCAGAUCCGUCUUGGCGGUGCAAAGGGUGUUUUGGUGACAUCUGAGCUCGACAAGGCGAACGUCACUAUAGACAAAAGUAUCGUGCUUCGUGAAAGCAUGUCAAAAUUCAAGUCUAGUCACACAAUGCUUGAAAUAGUCGCAUGUUCCGGAAAAUCGGAAGCAUACCUGACACGCCAGAGUGUCCUGAUUCUAAACGACCUCGGAAUAAAUGAGGACGUGUUUUUAGAGAUGCAAGAAGAGUUUUUAACUGAUCUCAGCUUGCUGAUUGCUUCCGAUGAUGGUGCAUAUUUUGAGUUGAAGGCGGUGCUGCCACCGACAAUUAUUUGGCAUAUCGACGUUCUUGUCCGUCGACUUGGGGUGAAAGUUUUGGCUGAUGAGUUUCUUUCGGCAUUGGCGACAACAAUAUACCAUUACCGGUUGACGAACACAGUUAUGCGUGCCAGAAUUCCCAUAUCAAAUGGGCGCACUUUGAUGGGUGUGGCGGAUUUUACUGGGACGUUGAAGUAUGGAGAAGUAUUUGUUCAGUACUCAAUAACUGAUGACGAAACGGGAGCUGAUAGCUAUGUAGCCCUUGAUGGUGUUGAUGUUGCUGUCCAUCGAAGCCCUUGCCAUCACCCUGGAGAUAUUCGAGUUCUCCGUUGCAGAACAGACGUGCCCCGGCAACUACGCCAGCUGAAGGACUGCAUCGUGUUUCCGUGUCAAGGACCACGACCGCAUCCUGACGAAUGCACAGGUGGGGAUUUGGAUGGUGACACUUUUGUGGUAAUUUGGGACAAGCGGUUGAUCCCAUCUAGGGCAAAAAUCCAAGAACCCAUGGCCUUUGAUGAAGAAUCUGGAGGAGACAUAAGUCCUCGGGGUGGUGCGUACCAUCAGUCAACUGAUGAUGACGGGUUAGUGGACUUCUACGUCCACUCGAUCCAAGAUGAUAUUCUAGGAGUUGCUUCGAACGCCCAUCUCGCGCUGUGUGAUUCGGUCGAUGAAGGAAGCCUUGACGAGGACGCAAAGAUUUUAGCACGUAUUUGUUCAAAGCAAGUCGAUAGUCUUCGUGCUGAAAAAGAUUUGGAAAUUGUGCGUAGCCUUGCACCAAAAAGCUAUCCUGAUUUUAUGCAAAACAAGGAGAAGCCUUCGUACCCGUCGAAGAAAAUAUUGGGCAAGCUGUAUCGCCGUUGCAAAGCUAUCUUCGACACAACAACGACGAAGAAUCCAAGCCAAAUGCCAAUUCGUGAUGACCAGUUCCUCACGACAGGCUAUACCGACUAUGUUGGUCAGGCUAAACUACUCUAUCGCCAGUACAAGUUGCGUCUUCAAGCUUUGUUGCUUAUGUCGGGAGCGGAGUCGGAGGCUGAGCUUGCCACUGGUAUGAUUGUGGAGCCACAGAGCGAGUACAAGGCCGACUAUUUUCGCUUUGGAGAACAGUGCAAGGACGCAUUUUACGCCCUGCAGACUUCAUUCCGAACCCAGUUUGACAAGGAUAUCUCCACCUUUGAACGAGGAGAAGAACUUAAAUUUGCUGCUGCGUGCUACUUUGUUGCACAUGACGACUCUGACGCAUCGACGCGCAGUCUGAGUUUCCCGUGGGUGGUGAUCGAUCUGCUCAUAACCAUAAAAACGGGCAACAUUGACAACACACACUACAUGGUGUGGACUCCAGUUCGUUUAUCCGUGUACUCUGAAACGAUCCCAAAGCUGCAAUUAUGUAUGCUAGCUGAAGUUGCAACGAACACGGAAGAGUUACUAGCGGAUUUGUUUGAUCGAUUAGUCGCAGUCAGUUCUCUACGUUCUGUGAUGCCUGGAAACCUGAAAAGAAAGGAGCUUGACCUCAUUCUAUUCGGCUCAUCUGGACUGCUAACAUUCGAAAAGCAGUCCGAUCUGGAUGUGAUGGUUUGCUGUUCGUCUUCGCGCGGCUCGUUAAAAGCUAUUGCAAAGGCGUUGGAGGGCUCACAUGACAAUAUCGUUUUAAAAGACGAUAUUCGUGUUCCUCUUUUAUCCUUCUCGUUUCAGCAAUGGUCUGUCGAGAUGUGCAAGCUUUCGAAUGGACCUGUGAAAACUCGCCUCUUUCGCACAUACAUGGAAAAGUAUAACUUUUUCUGGCCAUGUGUGUACUUCCUGGUGCGCUGGGGGAAAUGCGUAGGGCUUAUUCGACGACGUUCAGGUGGUGGUUUGAAUAUGUUUUCGCCCACCGGAUUCAUUUGGUUGUUUUUGCGGUUUUGUACCGAACAAAAUUUUGUGAAACCAAUUAGUGUUGGGCCAAUCACGGUACAUGCGAUCCUGAAGGAUAAUGACAUUGAUUCGGAGAUUUCGUUUUGGACUGAACUGCUUACUGGCUUGGUUUCGGGAAAGGACGACGUUUCUUCACUUUCAGCGGCUGAUGUUCUCCUUGCAUUUUUUGCCUAUUAUGCCAAACUAUCCACUCCUUUUUGUGAUUACGGGUUUACAGACCCACUUGAUGAAGAGAAUGACACGCAGUUAGAAUCCGAAGCAGUCACCUUGUUUCGGUCUGAGUGUCAUAUCGCACUCCACCAGUUAGUGAUCGCACAGGGCGACAUCAAGUAUCUACUGACGCAUCGUAAGGAACAAACGAGCAGAAUCACGCUCAGUCAUGCGCUCAGCACACGAGUUCACGAGGCCAAGGAUUUUUUUUCGCGGAAAAUUUUGUUCGAAACAAAGGCAGACAGCUCUACGCGCCUCACGUUCCAGUUUCACCCAAACAUUUUACGUUCUGAUUUGUAUGUGGCUGAGAUCGUUGGACCGGGCGACGCAGUGCUACGUAUCGAAGAACAUAUACGUAUGGUCGAGCAAGAGCUUGGGGCGCGAAUGCCUUACCGUUCGAAUCGGAACUUCCACCACGAAGGUUCAAGCUUGGUGCUAUUUGAGGGAGCCGAGUCCCAGCAAGAGAAAAUUGGCUUUCAGGAUUAUUUUGGCGAGCGCCAUAAUGAGCACAAAAACAUCCUUUUGCACCAAGCGCACCUAAUUUGUUUUAUGAAUGGGCGUCAGUGGUACGAGCACGCAGGGGCAAUAUUUUGCGCAAAAUUCAUUCAGCAGAUGAUUAAGUUGUCGCGAUAUGAACACUUAAACCCAGGAGUCAUCAAGGCUAAGGCUUUCGUUCGUUUCGGACAUCACUACUUGAUUAAUCUGCCGCGUUCGUUCGACGAUGAAACAAUUAUGCUGGCUAGUAUCAAAAAGUUGGAAGAUGAGUUCGAGCGAGGCCGAACUGCGCGUGAACUGUACGAGUCCGUCCUCAUUGCGAAGCAACAGCAACGGGCACAGGCUGAGGCCGAGGCCUCGAAUCAGGAUGACAUUCAACCGGAAAAUGACAUGCAAGAUGAGGCGGAUGUCUGGGGAAGUUGUUCCAACGACGAACAGGACGGGUGGGGAGGCGAGAAUACCGAUCUGGGAGAGGAAAUGAUGGACUACGAUGGCGGUGGUGGAGGGGGAGGAGGAGGAGGUGGAGGAGGUGCGAGAAAGCAGCGGCGACCAAAGAUGAAUUUGCAAAGAGCUGAUACUGCUGCCCGCGGUGACAAAGGCGUCACCCAUUCUUUCUACUCGAUGAUCGACCAACAGCAUACUUCUUGGACAAAAGAGUACGCGGAGAAACGUCUUGGUAUGGAAUUGAUAAGGGAGUCCAGCUCAUAUCAAGUGUCAAUCGUACAUCAGUCGUUCGAGUACAACGUCAGGCUGACGGACGAUUUGCAACUAGUCAAGAUAACGACGCGUCCGUCACGAUGGUUUAGCGCGACUCUAAAGAUGCGGCAAGAAAUGGACGAUGACAGCCACAAGAUGGACUCAACGCCGGAUAUUCGCUUUUACGUGUCAACUACGGAGAACUUGCCCAAGACCGACAGCUUGUACGUCAAAUUGGCGACUUGCUGCAAGAACGCGGCGGAUGGCCGCGGCGUCAUUGAAUUUUGCGACGAAACUCGCGAUAAAGUGCGUAUUAGUCGUCACUUAGUGGACGCUGGUGAGUCGCCCGCAUGCAUCGGGACGGUGCGGCACGUGCGCGGUGUGACGUACUUCAAUUCAACGACUGAAACGCAGCUGUCAUUGAUGCAUGUCCGCGAGUUUGGUAUUCCUGACAGAAACCCCCAGGACGGCUUUAUGAGCGUUCGUGAUAAGGUUGAGGCUGAGUUCCGGCUACCCCCUUUAACGCCAGAGCGCCGGGUGACUCCUGUCUUUGCACGCGACUUCUUGGCCAAAGGGAUGGAGUUUGUCGACUAUUUGCGCACUCAAGCCGACUUGGAGAAACCUUAG